AUGGAAGAAGGCGUUUCAAACGUCCCCUAUCCUUUUUCAAGCAUUGGGAAAUCAACCUCUGGGGGUUCCUGGCAAAUCGCCGCGCUUGAGACACAAUUGUCCAAUUGCGAUAUCGUCCUUCCUUCGAAAAUGCAAAUAGAUGGAACCCUCUAUGUGCCACGCAUGAUGGGUACAUUACCUAACGGUUCGUCUCCAAUGUUUAUGACUCAGCAGCGUUCAAAUCAAGCCCCAUCUGGAUACUACAACCCCCAUCAUCACCAGCAGAUGAUGCUAAUGAUGCAACAUCAGCAACAACCGAGUUCUGCAAUCGCAGAUGACGUCGUGCUCCCCACCUCGACCUUGACGCAUCCCCCUCGAAAUGUCCAGAACCAUGCCGACAACUAA